AUGCCGCGGGCAGCGGAUGUGAUCAAAUUCGGGACCUUCGUGGUAACCAGCCAGGUCUUCCACCUCACCCCGCUGUCGUACGCUCUUGUCAAUCUGAAGCCGCUCCUGCCGGGCCAUGUCCUCGUCACGCCCCGCCGCAUCGUCCCCCGCUUCAACGACCUCUCGGCCGCUGAGGUCCAGGACCUGUUCAUGACGGUGCAGCGUGUCUCGCGGACCAUUGAGCGCUUGUUCGAGGCUUCGGCGCUCAACAUAGCGAUACAGGAUGGCAUAGACGCUGGACAGAGUGUGCCGCAUGUGCACGCCCACAUCAUUCCCCGGAAGAAGGAUGACCUGUCGAACCCGGACGCCAUCUACGCGAUGAUGGAGGGCGAAGAUGGAGACCUCGGGAGGCAAUUCCAGGAACGCGAUGCGCGCGCGCAGCUCAACAGCUUCGAGCAGAGGGGAAAGUUCCCGGCCGUCGACGCCGACGAGAAUCGGAAGCCGAGGACUGAGGAGGAGAUGAUGAAAGAGGCCGAUUGGCUGGCGAAGGAGAUGGCGAAAGAUGCCGAGAAGGAGAGGUAG